GCGGAUUUUCCUCAGAAUCGAGUUUAAAGCUAGCAGAAGGCUAGAUUGCCACUAACUUACCUCAUCGACUGGCAACUCUAAAUCGAAGGCACCUACACUAUAUUGACCGUCGUAUCCAGGUAGUUUUGAGCUUAUGUAAGGUACGUAUACCAUCUUAUCCUUGUUUCCGGUUAUAUGACGUUUGGCUUCCUUACUGUUAGGAAGCAAGCUUGGUGAAUAACAAUCAUAUUCCUAAAUUGGGAUUUUUGUUCUCGUAUACACACAACUUGAGGAACUUAUAAAUAUACGCCAAGAGAUGCAGAGCGUGAGCAAUUUGGAUGACCUCGUACGACUUAUUAAGGAAGGAACUUGCUAUAGCACACUCUUCAAACACUCACUCAUCGUUGCUACACUCGUCGGCGUCAUCGUUCUUCUCUCACUGAUUAUCGUCUCAAAAUAUACCACACUCAAGCAAACAUACCUAGGCAGGAAUAGAUCAGACUUGUUGUCGUCUCUCUUACGCUCUGCUUUGCUCCUCUCUGCCGGAUUUGGUAGUUUGGCAUUCAGCAUUCAGGAUGCGCCUUUAGAGAACCAGAUUUUUCUGCUAAUUGUGACAAAUGUAUACGCAGCUAUUACUUUCUACUUGGACAGCGCAUUUGCUUUACUUAAACACAUUCAAGUUCAUCUCGGAGUGGUGAAACAACUUAAAUUAACGUUUUUGACAUCAACUUCGUUGAUUGCCAUAGCUUCAACCUACUUUGACAAGAGACUCUGGUCACCUUUACUUCUCAUUUUAGGCUACAAUGUUGUAGAGAGCGGUCACGCAAACCAAGAAGACGUGGAUUACUGGCUAGAAAACUGCGCAAUUGCUGUCACUAUCCCAAUCAUGCCUGAUGCUUGGAACGAUGAGACUCGUUACGCUCUCAUCGGGUCGAUAGCUAUGUUCUCGGCAAUAAGAAGAUGGUAUGUCAAUGGCUUCCAUCGAAACGAAGAGUCACUCCAGCAUCUCAGCUAUCCCGUAAUCUGCUGGAUGGUAUCAAAAAUGAAUGGAUCACUUGUUAAUUACUCUCUAAUGUUGUUCGUUGCCUGGAUAAGACUUCAGCAACCAACAGACAAGCUGGGGUGGUCUGAAGUAUCAACGGCAUUACAAGCUUUCGCAAUUCUCCAAUACGUAUUUGCGAUGGGAUGCAAUUCGAGCAGUCUUGUCAAUGCUUAUGAUGUCCUGAAAAGCCAUGGAUUGAAGCUUCAAAACGUGAAUAUUGCCCUUAGGACAUUUGAUGAUGGAUCUAGUAUCAAAUAUGCGUUCCUUUCCGUCGUAAUGAUUAUCUGCAUAGCGAAUAUGUUCAAAAGGAUCGACAUACCUUUACUUGCUUUCUUCUUGUUGCAAAUCUCGUUUCUGAAUGUCGUAGUUUUGCUCAUUUAUGCGCUUAGCUUCUUCAUGGAUGUCGGAGUUAAAUUAGACGCCGCCGUAAGCUUGAACAUUGUUAUGCCUAUCAUAUUUGCUUGUAGCAGCAUUCUAUUUAGCCACCUCAAGAAUAAGCGCGAAGAAACUAUCAAAUGGGAAGUAGAAGAAAAGAAUAAAUGAUAAUACAUUCACGUUAUGACUUAUCUAUACUAGCAACUGCACUGCUUGCGGGAAAGAAAGCAGCCUUCAAAUUGUUAAUAUAUAAACCCAUAAUCUCAAUGUGCGCUAAAAUUGAGAAAUAUAUUGUUUACAAGCCCGAUCACAUGCAUAGUGCUCCUUCAAUGAGUACAGCGCACUUACACAUGUUCUCAAGACUUGCAAUCUACAUUAUUUUUACUCGUAUUUCUUCUAUCUGUGUCUUUAGAUUUACUAAUGGUAUAUAUAUACCACCUUUGACGUAUUUAUAAGUGACACGAAAACUAUCACUUUUUAUUUCAAGUCAUGUAAGCAACUUACAAUAUUAAAUCUACAUAGGAGUAAUUUAAUAUCCCAUUUUCAGUUUUCAACCUUAAGGAAGAAGACACUCAGAUUUAUGAUAUCCCUUAAAACGCAACACAGCACGUCAAACAUAAAAAAAAGUAUAACUGUGAUAGCAAGCUGUUUCCAGUCCAAUUUAGACCGCAUUUGUCGUGAUUUCUGUCUCACAGACUUAUCAAUACAUAGUACUUUGGUUGAUCCAAGUAUAGUCAUGUUCCCUCUUUAUACUUGGUUUGUCUUUGCUGUCCUACCAUUUGUUUUGCCCAUUC